AUGGGAUUUCAAGUGCACCCAGUCAUUCAACAGAGGAUCUUGUCCUUAUGGAUACCCGCGGACUGUCUACCAGGAAAAACCCAUUAUGGUUGGGUUGGACGGGCUGCCAGUAGUAUUCGUCGUUGGUUGCUGUUGUAUGCUGCUCACAAAGUUCAAAAGGGAGGAGUUGAUGACCCCAGGGAUCAGAAUGCUAUCAAAAUUGGAAUGGAUCUGUGGGAUCGUCCUAGCCUCACAUCAAGGUUUUGUAGCACAGUCAUUAUAAAGAUUUGUUCACUGAACUUGCAUGCAUCGUCCGGAUGCAGAAGAUGCUACUUAAGAUACUAAAAACGAGUAUCUAGUAGACACUGAGUAUCUACUCUUCUGAGCAAGGGAACAAUAUUUAAUUUUGUAAUUUAGACUGCGAGAUUACAUGUUUGUUGGUUCAUAUGGUCUACUUGAAGAUAAAAGUUCCCAAGAUUUGUCUGUGUUAUGA